AGCAGGUCAGGCUGAGGACCACAGCGCGAUACGAACCCACAACCAAGAAAAUCCUUUUAUAAGUGUGGAGAACUCGACCACUUUCCCAACAUGUGCGUAGAGUACUGGCAGACCAAGGCGCGUGACAUUUCUUUUGUUCCGCCUCCACCUCCUGGCCAAUGAUCGAUAAAUGGGAGGACAAUGGCGAUCGGAAACCUAGGGAUAGAGUCACUCCGUGGAAAUACAAUUCCUCAGACGGAGAACAAAGAGACCUAUGCAAUGAUGCGCGAAUACUUUGCGGCAAUGGCUUGUGAGCGGAGGGUGAGAUUGGAGAGGGAAGCACGGAAAGUGGAGCUGAGGAGGGAGGAGGAGGCGAGAACUGAGCGAGAACAUCGGCGUAAGCAGAUGCUACUCGAGAGGAGGCAGUAUGAAAAAGACUGUGAUGAACGAUUGUUGAGAAGGAUCCGUGACAAAUUUAGAGGAAACGAAGAUAGCGAGGGAGAACGGAAGAAUGUAAAGUCGAGAAAAAACACGAUUAGCCGUAAUGAAUACGGAGAGACGAAGGAAAAGGAGAAAAAACGGUUGUUACGGAUGAUUGCUAGUCUGGAACGAGUAGGCGAGGAGGAGGAGGAUGGCGAGGAGUUAGUAGAGCUAAGAAGAAGGGCGGCAACUUUGAGGCUCGCCAUGGAGAAGAGGAAACACCUAGUAGUUGAAUCACCCAUGGGGAACAUCCCUCUGAUGGUGACUCCAACCAAAGGGCAACGGACUAGUCUGUCGAAAGAAGCAAAGACGAGAAUCGAGAAGAUCCGAUAAGUCGAUCCAGGCAAGCAGCUGGGUCCUCAUUAGUGAAUAAAAAUAUUAUAGCCUC